GGCCAAUGGGGGCGCGCGGGGGCGCGCGCGGGCGGGGCCGGCGGCCAAUGGGGGGGCGGGGGGGGCGGGCCGCGAGGCUUCUAGCAGGUUCCAGAAGGCGGCGCGGGGCGGCGGGAGCGGAGCGAGCGGAACCGGCGCCGCCAUGGAGCAGGUGAACGAGCUGAAGGAGCGGGGCAACCGGGCGCUGAGCGCGGGGGCCAUCGGCGAGGCGCUGCGGCACUACGGCGAGGCGAUCCGCCUGGACGGCACCAACGCCGUGCUCUUCAGCAACCGCUCGGCCGCCUACGCCCGCCUCGGCGACUACGCCCGCGCCCUGGCCGACGCCUGCCGCACCGUGGAGCUGCGCCCCGACUGGGCCAAGGGCUACUCGCGCAAGGCGGCCGCCCUCGAGUUCCUGGGGCGCCUGGAAGAGGCGCGCGGCACCUACGAGGAGGGGCUGCGGCGGGAGCCCGGCAGCGCCCAGCUGCGCCAGGGCCUCCAGCACCUCGAGGCCAGGCUGGCCGAGCGGAAGCUGCUGAACCCCUUCAGCGCCCCGAACGUGCUGGAGCGGCUGGAGGGCGACCCGCGCACGCGGGCGCUGCUGGGCGACCCCAGCUACCGGGAGCUGCUGGAGCAGCUGCGCAGCCGCCCCGCCGAGCUGGGCACGCGGCUGCAGGACCCGCGGGUGAUGACGACGCUGAGCGUGCUGCUGGGCGUGGAGCUGAGCGGCGCCGAGGAGGAGGAGGAGGAGGCCGCCGCGCCCCCCCCGGCGCCCCCCCGGCCCCCGCCCCCGCCCCAGCCCAUGGAGCAGGAGCUGCCCGAGGACAAGAAGCAGGCGCUGCGGGAGAAGGAGCUGGGCAACGCCGCGUACCGCCGCAAGAGCUUCGAGGCGGCGCUGGGCCACUACGCCCGCGCCCGGCAGCUGGACCCCGCCAACAUGGCCUACAUCGCCAACCAGGCCGCCGUCUACUUCGAGAAGGGCGAGUACCCGCGGUGCCGGGAGCUCUGCGAGGAGGCCAUCGAGGUCGGCCGCCAGAACCGCGAGGACUACCGGCAGAUCGCCAAGGCCUACGCCCGCGUGGGCAACUCCUACUUCAAGGAGGAGCGGUACAAGGAGGCGAUCCAGUUCUACAACAAGUCGCUGGCCGAGCACCGCACGCCCGACGUGCUCAAGAAGUGCCAGCAGGCCGAGAAGAUCCUCAAGGAGCAGGAGCGCCUGGCCUACAUCGACCCCGAGCUGGCGCUGGAGGAGAAGAACAAGGGCAACGAGUGCUUCCAGAAAGGCGACUACCCCCGCGCCAUGAAGCACUACAGCGAGGCCAUCAGGCGCAACCCCAACGACGCCAAGCUGUACAGCAACCGGGCCGCCUGCUACACCAAGCUGCUCGAGUUCCCCCUCGCCCUCAAGGACUGCGAGGAGUGCAUCCGCCUGGAGCCCUCCUUCAUCAAGGGCUACACCCGGAAGGCGGCGGCGCUGGAGGCCAUGAAGGACUACACCAAAGCCAUGGACGUCUACCAGAAAGCCCUCGACCUCGACAGCGCCUGUAAGGAGGCGGCCGAGGGCUACCAGCGGUGCCUGCUGGCGCAGUACAACCGCAACGACAACCCCGAGGAGGUGAAGCGGCGCGCCAUGGCCGACCCCGAGGUGCAGCAGAUCAUGAGCGACCCGGCCAUGCGCCUCAUCCUCGAGCAGAUGCAGAAGGACCCCCAGGCCCUCAGCGAGCACUUGAAGAACCCCGUCAUCGCCCAGAAGAUCCAGAAGCUGAUGGACGUCGGGCUCAUCGCCAUCCGGUGACGUCCCCCCGGGGCCACCGUGUCCCCCCCCACUGGGGACACGCGGGGGGGGCACGGGCUGUCCCCCCCCCCCCCCCCGCCGCUGCCGCCGGCCAUCGGGGCCCUGCGCUGCCCCCGCCCCGGGGGGGGGGGACAUGCUGGGGGGGCGGCGCGGGGACGUUGGGGGCGGCAGGGUCCCCCCCGGGGGCGGUGGGGGGGCUGCGGGGGGGCCGCGGGUGCCCCCCCCACCUUGUUGUUUCGGUUUGGGGGCGCCGCGGCCCCCCCGCCCCCCCCCCCCCCCCAGCGCCCCAAUAAAGAGCGGAGCAGUUGCCGA